AUGGAGAAGCAUGACAUUCCGCUUAACACCCUCAAGGAGUGUCUCAUGUUCCUGCAGUGGUUGCAUAAGGGAGGUGGGAAGCAUAGGCUUCAAGAAGUGUCCCAGACUUUAUAUGAUCGUAUUAAAACCCAUUUUGAUUCCAAAUUUGUUUCAGUGGAAAACGUUGAAAAGGGCUUGCGCCCAUUCCUCUCCGCCGUGUCAAAGUUUUAUGAGAGAUUGUGCUACAAAGCAGAGGCAGGCAAAUAUGUUACUAAAAGCGCAGAGGACAUAUCCAACGCCCUUCUCGACUGCCACCCUAAAUUCUUCGCCGCUAUGUACUUUCUGCAGUACUGUGUGAAUAACACUUUCGGGACGCUGGGCGGUGGUGGAUGGGAAAAGAAUUACCCAGGGUGGGAAGAGGACUGGCGGACUUGGUACGGUACGUACCCUAAGUCUGGCGGUGACCUGCAGAAGUAUCUCAGAGCCACUGUAGGCGACGAAAAGUAUAGCAAAAUCCCCGGUUUGCUACCUGGUGGCUUCAGCGAAGGCGAGGUGAUAUAUUAUACACUUGGGAGUGGCUACUACCAGGGUUAUAACAUGGCUGGGAACCUUGAAAAGAUUGUGAGCAAAGGAAAUUACAACUAUUUUCGCAGCGUGUUUGUCAGUUCCGCGGUUGCAGACACUGGCGCCGCUAUUCCCAACACCGCCAACGCCCUCUCACUAGUCAGAACCUUUUGCGAUAUCGUGGGAGAAGCAGACCAGAAAGAUAGUGGCGCGGAAUUAAAACCGAAAUUGGAAGAAGGCCUUAAAAGGUUAACCACCCCAAAAUCCAUAUGCUGGAAAGACUUACAAUCCCACUGCGCUCAGCUUAGAGAUAAAUUGUCCAAGCUUUUCAACAAGUCAAAACGCUUCGACUUCACGGGCCAGGCGACGGGACUUGCAAACUUAGCAGGGACGGACCUUGCAGGGAGAACGGCGGAUUGGCUGAGAGGGAAUUUGACCACAGUGCGGGGAAAAUUGGAUAAAAUCGAUACAAGUGACAGUGUCGUGACUCUCCGCCAAGACCAGCGUGGAGGCUAUUUCACCAACAAUUUCUUCCCCUUCGGGUUCACAUUUCGAGACCACAUGAAUAUGCAGGAAGGGGAAGUGAAGAGAUUGCUGGAGGAUUGGCGCACUGUAAUCGAUGACCUGAAGAAAAAGACUGGCAGCGACUUGGAAAGGCUUAGAGAGAUUUUGAGUGGUGAGAAUCCAAUAGGAUGUACAAAGCCACCGCCUCCACCUCCAAAUGUUGACGCAUCUGCAAAUCAAGGCAAGAAAGCGGAGGGGACUUCAAAUCAAAGUAGAGAUGUAUCUUCAGGUCCACCAACUGGAAAGUCUGAUGCUCCAGCUCCGGCUCUCGGUAAGGAUGGAGGGUCAGGCUCGGUAGGGUCUACUGGUCCAGUGACCCCGGCGUCUUCUGGAUCCGCGGACGCAUCAAGUAAUCAAGGUGUUCAACGACAACAGGUUGUUACUCAAACCGCUCCAGAUCCUCCCCCUGCAAUCUCUCCCCCCAGUGCUGCUGGAGGCGAUGGCCCCCCGGAUAAGUCAGGUCCCCCGGAUCAGGGUUCACUGGGCGGUGCUACUCCAGGUCAACAGCCUGGCACCUCUCAAGAUCCUGCACGUACUCAGACUCUGAGUGCUUCAGGUUCAGGCUCUGGGCCAACUGGUGCUCAGGGGACUGGGAAAGUUGGCAGUGGAGGGGCUGGUCCACCAGGUGGUCAAAUAAGUGGGAACGAUGUGAGCAGCGUCACUACUACGUCGGUUUCCCCGGCGGCUGGUGGAGGUGGGAGUAAUGGAGGGGGUGGAGGUGGAGCAAGAGGGGGAGAAAAGAAGGGGGGAACCACAUUAUCUCCAGAACAACAAAAGCGUUUAAAUGAUUAUGGAGCGGAACUACAAGCAAAAAGAAAGCGAGAUGAGGGGAACAUGACAAGCAUAAUUGAUAAAGUAAAUGAAAAUUUAGAAAAAAUCCAACAAAACAAAAUAGAAGGAAAUGUGCAAACAAAUGUACGAAAACAGUUACUUGCCAGUUUGCAAAACCAAAAUAUCGCUCGUUCUCGCGGUGGCCGUCGCCUUAAUUGGCGUCAGCCAUACGAUCCGAAAAUUAUUACUAGGCGCACUAAAGAUGUUGAUCCAUUCUACAGUUCUGCCCUUGACGGCAGCGAGGUUUGGAAUAAAUCUUCGCGUGAUUUAUAUAUCGAAAAGCGGCGUGAAGCAUUGGAGCGUUAUCAUGAAGAGGAAAAAACGAAGAGGGAACAAGAGUAUAAGGACAGAAUAUCGCGUCUGCAAAAUAGGCAGGAAGCUGAUACAAUUCGUGCAAUAACAUCACGAGAGCAACAUGAACAGACUGUGAUAGACGCCCUCCAAUCUUUGAAACACAUAAAAGAAGAAGAGGAAAAAUUACAACCAGCGUUUGUAGGAUCAGCAGUGUCCGAUUCCCAAAAUCCAGUAGUGUCCAGUUUCGACGGCGCAGCAGUGCCGGAUAUAUCUGGAGCUUCCCGACAGCAACAAGACGUCGCGAAUAUUAACGAUGCCUACGCAAAAUUAUACGUAAAGCAAGCACGUAAUCUUCAGGUCCCUCCUCCCACCAUUGAAGUUGCGUACAAACCGCAGGAGUCUGCUGAUAAUAUCAGUGAUACAUAUCCAACUUCCCUACAGAAUCAAAUGAGAUAUGCGACCCCCAACGUGCUCUUCGAUAUAAUCAGGCCACCUGGACCAACUUAUGAUGACAAGGACUUUCAGUCAAGGGGACAGAUGGCCUCCGUACCCAUUGGGGCGAAUCCAUCUUACGACGCUUUAGACGAUGGUUUAGAAAUCACUAAAGUUGCGCGUUACGAUAAUGAAACUCGUGACGAGAAGGGCUUUAGGCCUAAGGACUUGUCUUUUGGUGUCAAGCAAAACGACCCGCAUUAUUCUUAUGGUAUUACACCAAUAAAACCUAAGUUUUUCAUUGAUCGCGCUGAUUUUGAAAUCUCUCAAGAUUUAGAAGACCCUAAAAUUGACCUCCACAUCGACGCCUCCAAGCCCAUUGUUCAAGACCCUGUCGAUAAUCCUGAUGAAUACCUUUACGCCAAUGACGACGAUGUCCUGAUAAACAAAUUAAAAAAUGCGGAGUCCUGGCAUGGCGAAGACGAAGGCUUUUCUGUCCUGCCCAAGAGUAAUUUUAACCUUGAAUUCACUCCAUCCUUUUUAAAAUCCGAUGGGGAUCAUGAUCCUGGUAUUCCCCGGGAUACUCCAAGGAAGCCAUAUGACCAGAAGAUUCCAGUGUUCCCUAACGUCGACAUGUGCCAAAACCCCUGGUACGUCCCCGAUGCCUCCUCCACUACCGUCACCCCAACCCCCUCCCCUCCCCCAUCCUCCGACCAUCUGCCCCCGCCUAACACCAUCCGGGAAAUGCUCCACUGGCUGAUCGGCUUGACACAGUAUGAGUAUGUUGGGAUGAUUAAGGAGCGUGUUGAAGACCUUUUGAGGGAGCUUAACGAGGAUGCCUCACAGCUCUCAGAUGCCCUCGAGGUCACUGGGGAUCCCACUCAGCUGACCGCUUCCCAUAUCUCCAACACUCUGACCGAGGCGUGUCUCUACUCGGCCAACUUUCUCUACAGGAUCAAGUACAAAGACAUAUCCGAUGACUUCAAAACCUUUUUCGAGGAUAAAGAGAAAUAUGCUUUUUAUUAUUCCUCCAACCCCGCCUGCCUCCUCUGCCAGCUGCGGGACUACGCCUACGUCUGUUACCACCAGCUGGAGUUCCUGAAGUCGCAGUGUAAUCGGGGCGCCAGGCACGGUGGUUGGCAGGAUUAUGAGUACGGCAGUGGUCUAUCGUCUCCCAAGUCCCCCCUCCAGGCCUUCUUGACUGAUGCCUCGGACUCCAAGUUCAAGACUCACCCCUUCGACCCGCGCGAUAUCUGUCUCAAGAGUCGUGUUAAGAUGGGAUUCAAGGAGGAGCAUCUGCCUAAAACUCAACAAACUGGCAACGUCAUUCUCACCAUCCUCUCUCCCAGCUGCGGCGGCGAGGAUCCCCUGCUGACGCUGUGCUCUUACCUCACCUGCCUCACCAGCCGGACGCCGCGCACCACCGGGGAGCUUUUAUCGUUCUUCCACCAUUUCGGAAAUGAGCUUCAUGAUGUGUCUUCAGACUUGUCCAAGCUGGGCUCCGCCCUCUCCAAGCCACAUCGUCACUGCCCCGACUGGGACCGUCUUGCUGCCGACGACCUCCAAGCCAUCAAUGGCGCACGGGGCUCCGCCCUUCCCAACUCCAUCCACAACCACGACAAGGACCAUCCCAAGACCCUGUCGUCUCUUCUUGGCUGCGACAUCGAUAAUGCCAACUGCCCACAACAUCUCUCGCCCAUCACCUACCGGGCCUACGCCCUGUACUCCACGGCCUUCGCCCACCACUACCUCAGCUGGGCGGUCUACCUACCAGACAGACUGUGGGAGUCACUGCUCAAGUUGCAAGAUGAUCUCAAUAAGCUUCAAUGUCACGACUCCAAGUCCAAGCCUCUCCACCAGUGUGACAAGGCCCUGCCCCUCCUCUACUCUCACGGGUUCACUCCACCAGAAGGGACACUACAAUUACGAAUCUCCUGUUCCAAGGUCAUCGCCAAGUUGGAAGAAGUGGCCAACGGACAGCCUAUCGCAAGCCUCAUGACCGCCAUGGACGAGUUCCUCCACAGAAUCCGUGCCCCCUUCCUCUACACUGUGUUAGCGCUCUGGCUCACCGCCACGCUCUACAUCGCCCACUCCCUCCUCUACCGCAUGGACGUCCUGCGCAUCCGCUCCCACCUCCUCACCACCAGGGCCUCCCACCUCAUCGACGUCAAGGCUUUGCUCGCAGGCAGCCGCAGGAUGCUCUCACUCUACAAGGACGUCGACUACUUCGACGAUGACCUUCACUCUUGA